AUGUUGCGUCGGUGCUUCUGUCUUUACGGAACUUCUGCUCCAUUGGCGACUUUUGAGCCCUUUGAAUUGUAUGUAUACAAAGAGACAGGGAUUUGUGAAAUCGUAGUGAACAAUAAGAAGAACCCACUGAACCUCUUGGAUCGAUCAUACUUUGCCUCUUUAUUAAAGGUGACGCAUUAUCUUUCAAGUGAGCUGAAUGGCGUUGCACGGGUGGGAAUCUUGACGUCAAAAGAAGGAACUCCUUUCUCUGCUGGUUUGGACCUCAAAGAAUUACAAGAGUUACAAAAGGGGCUUUCGGGUUUCUCGAAUAUGGGUGGAAAAACGACGGAGACUACGCGGAUGCCGGCGAUGCAGUUUCAGCGGCAACAUGCCGUUAUUCGAUUUUUCCAGUGCAGUGUUUCUUCACUGGCUCGGUGCCAUAUUCCUAUUGUAUGUGCAAUUGAUGGUUAUUGCAUAGGUGGAGCUACCUCUAUUAUUACGGCUUGUGACUUCCGGUAUGCCACUGAAAAGACCUCAUUUUCCGUAAAGGAGACUCAAGUUGGAUUAGCAGCUGAUCUCGGUGUCCUUCAAAGAUUGCCACACAUUGUGGGGGAGGGCCGCUCACGGGAGUUAGCUUACACGGCCCGCGUUUUUACUGGAAAGGAGGCCAAACAAAUGGGACUUGUGGAGGACGUUUUUGAGUCUCGGGAAGAUAUGAUGAAGUCAGCGCGCAAAACCGCCGCAAUGAUUGCAUCAAAUUCACCUUUGGCCGUUCAAGGAACAAAGUUGCUAAUGAAUCAUCAGACGCAACCAGAUGUGGAGCGUUCACUAGAAUAUACAGCGUCGUGGAGUGCAGCAAAUAUAGCAUGUGAGGACGUCAUGGAGGCAGCUGUAGCGUUUGCGCAAAAACGACCACCUCAGUUUGGGAAUUUUGUGGUGGACACCAGUUCUACUCUGACACAGCUCCGAUAA